AUGUCUCGUCGAGAAACCAACCCUCAUUUUUCUAGACCUCCGCGAGCUCAGCUUGAAGAUCAAGAUCAUGUUCCAUUACGAGCAGCACAGUUUCAAGAUCAUUCUCCAAUGCGACCUCAGCAAGAAGAUCAUCAACGGGCACCUAUUUUACUGCGCGGAGCUCCAGGCAAACAGCAAGAAGAUUAUCAACAGGCACCUAUUUCACAGCGUGGAAGUUCACGCAAACAGCCAAAAGAUCAUCAACAUGCACCAAUUCCACUACGUGGAGAUCCACGUAAACAGCAAGAAGAUCAUCAACGUGCACCUUUUCCACAGCGUGGUCCACGUAACCAGCAAGAAGAUCAAGCUUACCCGCCAGGCCGGCCACGGGUAAAUUUUCAAGAGCCAUCCUCGUCCCCUAAGGCUGCUGGCUUUCCGGUGCAACCACCACCUGAGCCGCGGCGGCAUGAGCGUGGUAUACGGUUGCCUCAAGAACAAAAAUCUAAACCCUUAACCUGGUUGGGUGGUUUGUUGUGUGCGAUAUUUUUCCUUGUCAUAAUUAUAGGAGGCUUAAUAGUCCUCAUAGUGUACUUGGUUUUUCGUCCCCAGAGUCCUCAUUUUGAUGUGUCUAGUGUCACACUAAAUGCUGCAUACCUUGACUUUGGCUAUUUACUCAAUGCUGAUCUUACAUUGCUGGCAAACUUCACAAAUCCAAACAAGAAGGUACAUGUGGACUUCAGCUCCGUGACCAUUUAUCUAUACUAUGGAAGUACUCUUAUUGCUAGUCAAUAUGUCGAGCCUUUCUCGGCUGCAAGGGUUCAAUCAAGGUUUGCGAAUAUCCAUAUGGUCACUAGUCAAGUUCAGCUGCCAAUAAGAGAGAGCCAACGACUCGUGAAACAAAUGGAAAGCAAUGGGGUUUUGCUUGAAGUGACGGGAGUUUUCCGUGCUAGAUCCAAAUUGGGAAGCGUCUUAAGGUAUUCAUAUAACCUCUACAGCCAUUGCAAUAUCAUGGUAACACGCCCUCCUGACGGGGUUUUGCUCAAAAAGAAAUGUAGAACAAAACGCUGA